AUGUCGCUUGUAACCAAUCGAUUCAGGGCUCCGAAGGAUCUUUUAUUUGUGAACCUAUCAGACGAAAGUCCAGAUUCUGGACUACGAGCAGACGACGUGUAAAGUAAUUUAUCAGGCGUCCUUUUCCCCUCGUCUCCCAAACAAAACGGAAAAAAGGACCGCCUGAUCGCAGGUUAAGAUUGACUUAGAAACUCAAUUUUGUAGACCUCCUGAAGGGGUUGUAAGUGAGAUUUCGCACUCGAAACAUAGUGUUGUGCUCUGUCCUUAUCGGCAGCCUAAAUACCACACACUAAUUUUAUUAUAGGCGUUCCCCUUCAGCAGGAUCCGCCUGGAGUCAAACAAAGACAGUGUGGAGUAUUUGAAGUCACUUGGAAGCCACCAUCCCUAGACUCUGGUGGAGGUCCUCUAACUGGCUAUCAAGUCCAGUUAAGUACGUCAAGAGAUAGAAGUGGUGGCUGGCGCAACUGCACAGCCUUCGUUUCAAAUCAUAGCUGCUUGUUCACAGACCUGAGCAGUGAGACAGAGUAUCUCAUUCGAGUCCGAGCUUUCAAUAAGAAGGGGCCAGGCCAAUGGGCAGACACUUUAGAAACAACGGAUUUAAUUGGUAAGUAUUUACAUCUUAAUACUGUUGUAUUACACAUAGUUUUAGUUUGUGGUCCUUAUAUACUUAUUAUAGCUUCUUUUACAUCUCCCUUCAAGAUUUAUCUCUAUGUUUAUCAAUUCAUGCAGUCAUUCCUUCCUAACCUACCUAGAUAAAGUUAGUAAGUGGCUCAUGUCUAAUCAGCUUACCCUGAAUAUUAAUAAAAACAAGUUUUUUUUUUAAUAUAGGUAGCAGCCAGCGCUUGAAAAAAUUGAAUUCAAUCUCAAUUACCACUGAUGAUAAGAGUAUUGAAGAAGUUAGCUCCUUUUCUUACUUGGGUGUGGUUAUNUGUUUUCUUUCAUCUUCAUUAAGGAACAACAAAUAGCUUCUUUUCUUCUAAGCAAAUUGGUGUGUUUUUGAAUUGUCCCGUGUGUAUAUUUAUUUCAUCGCGUGACCGCGAUCGUGCUAGAUUACUAACUUGCGACAGAUCUAGAUUCGUUCAGAGUACUGCAUGCAGUUGACAGUUUGAACGUUCAACAUAAAUUACGAUUUAAUAGUAAAGCAAUUCUGUACCAUGUUUGCCUUUACCUGACGGUAUUUCUUUGACUCUUCUUUGUUUGCCAGUUGAAAAUCGUGUUUUACUUUUUGCAUGAAUUAAGGCAAAGGGUAAUGACGUCACUGGACGGCAUUAACGACCCGUCGAUUCAGACGUUACUGAGGGAGUAAAGACGACUCGAAGUAAUGUCUGAAAUUCAGACUCAGAGUUUAGAGUAUUUCCUUAAUUUACCUGGGCCGGGCUAUUUAGUUUCAAUGUACCUUAUUACAUGUAAUUUUCGCGACAUGUUUAUUUCGCGAUUUUGAUGUGCGCUUAUUACGCGAUUUUGCGAGGAAAAUUUUAUAUUUUGAAUCACGUUAAUUUCGCGUUUUGGAGCACCACAAUUCACAUUUCAUUGGCAAUGUUAUUUAACAUGUCCUUGAAUAAAAUAGAUCGACUUUAUCAAAGAAGCAAUAACGUCAAAAUUAAGAAAACGGAACAGCAGGACUAAAUGUCAACAGUAUUAAACAACAAAGCAGUUCUCACAACGUCCACAAGCAGUUCAUCUUGACCACAAGAUCCAUUUACACUAAAAAUUCCCUGCUACAGACUUUGCACGGAGGAAAAAUGAACAGUAAAAAAAUGUGAUUUUGUAAUCGUUUCAGUCGUAAUAAACUCGUUCUUUCUUGAUUAUUGAUAUAAUGUGUCACUAAAUUCACUUAAUUUUCGCGUCAUGUUAUGUUCGCGACACUUGUUGUUCGCGUCACUUUAAUUUCUCGAUUUUUUUUUUGUGUCGCAAACAUUUCAUGUAAUAAGGUACACUGAGGUCAGUUUACACUUAAUAAUAAUAAUACCUUAUAAAACCUUUUAACUAGGUCAUCCUGAAAAGAGUGACACACUGGUUAAAAGUAAUGAAGCAAAAAUCCUCCCAUUUUUAAAUUCCUACCUACCUGGAAUUUCUGAUCCACCAAAUCCCGAAAAUGUGCGAUCCCAUUCUAGUAACUCCAAUAAAAAUGUAACCCCAUUAUAGUAAAUCUAGUCGUGAAAAUGCGACCCCAUCCAGCGGCACAUUCCCAUUAACCAAUUACUUCUAGGAAGUACCCCCCGCCCCGUCGAAAAAGAAAUAGCGGAUAUCCUUACCCGUGACAAAUAACAACUCGUCCUCAUGGGCUGUCAAGAUUUUUCUCUCUGCAUUGUUGACUUGAUUCACUAAAAAAGUAUUUAUUUAUCGUUUUUUGAGACCUAGCUUUUAGCCUUAAACGAUCAUCUUGGGGUUUCCGUCGUGAAGAUGCGAAGGUGACAAAGCCUAUCUAAUUGCACCAGAAGUCAAAUAUGUCGCUUGUAACCAAUCGAUGCAGGGCUCCGAAGGAUCUUUUAUUUGCCAACCUAUCACACAAAAGUCCAGAUUCUGGACUACGAGCAGACGACGUGUAAAGUAAUUUAUCAGGCGUCCUUUUCCCCUCGUCUCCCAAACAAAACGGAAAAAGGACCGCCUGAUCGCAGGUUAGGAUUGAUUUAGAAACUCAAUUUUUUAGACAUCCUGAAGGGGUUGUAAGUGAGAUUUCGCACUCGAAAUGUUGUGCUCUGUCCUUAUCGGCAGCCUAAAUAGCACACACUAAUUUUAUUAUAGGCGUUCCACUUCAGCGGGAACCGCCUAGAGUCAAACAAAGACAGUGUGGAGUAUUUGAAGUCACUUGGAAUCCACCAUCCCUAGACUCUGGUGGCGGUCCUCUAACUGGAUAUCAGGUCCAGAUAAGUGCGUUAGGAGGGGGAAGUGGUGGCUGGCGCAACUGCACGGCCUUCGUCUCAAAUCAUAGCUGUUUGUUCACGGACCUGAGCAGUGAGACAGAGUAUCACAUUCGAGUCCGAGCUUUCAAUAAGAAGGGGCCAGGCCAAUGGGCAGACACUUCAGAAACAACGGAUUUAAUUGGUAAGUAUUAUAUCUUAAUACUGUUGUAUUACACAUAGUAUUAGUUUGUGGUACUUAUUAUAGCUUCUUUUACAUCUCCCUUCAAGAUUUAUCUCUAUGUUUAUCAAUUCAUGCAGUCAUUCCUUCCUAACCUACCUAGAUAAAGUUAGUAAGUGGCUCAUGUCUAAUCAGCUUACCCUGAAUAUUAAUAAAAACAAGUUUUUUUUUUAAUAUAGGUAGCAGCCAGCGCUUGAAAAAAUUGAAUUCAAUCUCAAUUACCACUGAUGAUAAGAGUAUUGAAGAAGUUAGCUCCUUUUCUUACUUGGGUGUGGUUAUCAAUAACCAUCUAAUAAGUUGGCAAGAUCAUAUUGAUUAUAUCAGUAAUAAGACAAAUAAGAAAUUGGAACUUCUUAGACGUAUAAAAUAUUGUUUACCACUGGAGGAUAGGCUUAUGUUUUUUAACAGUUACAUCCUACCUAUAUUCGACUAAUAUAUAGAUUUAGCCAGGGCUAAAAGCGAGGCUCCCAUUAAUAUAUUUAUAAUUUAAAUCAAACAAUAAACUUGUAUUCCACAAUUCAGUUAACUUUAGAGUACAUAGCACAUUCAUGUGACUUUUGAGGGAAAGGCCUAGUGAUUUUAGAGAAAAAUAAUUUGCAAACAGUCCAAGAGUGAGCCAAAUCUUACAUCGAAUUGAUAUCCUCAUAUGUACACCCAAAAAUAGCAAUCAUCUUCGAUAACAUUUAGGAGCCAUAAUGGCUCUUGAUCACCGUAAGAUUAAUUAUGCCUGGAAAAAAAAUCAGGCCGAAUUUUUUUGUGUUCGACAAGUUUACUUUACAAAAUCUUGUCAAAAAACCGAGUGCGUGUAAACCAACCUUUUAUACAAUUUAUACAUCACAUCUGAGGUGAAACAGUACCAUGAGGUACUGUUUUUAUCAUACAGGCCUCGGACAGAAUGCAGUAUUUCACAAGUUUGCAACACAAAUUGCACUCAUUCAACAUUCAGGACGAUCGAAGCACGCGUGGGCUUUUUAAACCGUUAAAAAAAUUUCCAAAAUCACAUAUACGGCCAGCCAGUUCUCACUGUUCGAGCUGUAGCGAGUGUUUGAACGAAUAUACUAGAGUUAAGCUGCAACAUAAUAAAGAAAUUAUUAUGUUUAUUCAGUUUUAUUAAAUGGUUUUAUCCAUGUGUAAUCUUUAAAAGCGCCGGUUUGAUAAGCGCGGCAUUUUGAGUACUCCUGCAAGCGAUGUUCACUGAACGACUGAAAACAAACGGCACGGCGAUUAAAAUUACAAGAGAGACUACCAACAAUCAAUAAAAGAAAUAUAAUUCGGUGAAACAUAUACAGAGACAACGUUUUUCAUUCACGAAGACAAGUAUUAAAGUGUCUCUAAAAAUCCUGAGUCUUCAAGCUUAAAGCUUAGGUUUAUGUUCUAAGCCGGCUUCCCGGAAUUUACUUUUUUCAAAGAUGAACUCGAGGCAAGAAAAUCGCUCAAAGCUUUCUUUUACAGCCAGAAUUAUAACUGAAUGUUCUUCAGAACGUUUUCUUUCUAUUUGCGGUAAGAAAAUGUCUAAAGGCUUUUUAAAGUUCUGUAAGGUUAUAUCAAACCUGAUUCUUGGUCAUAUCAAGUUGUCUCAAAUCUUACAAAAGUGCAUAGACUACAUAGCCGCAUAAACUGCGCUCGACUUCAUUAAAUUAGAUAUAAAAAACAAACAUCAAACACAAUAAUUACUGAGGCUUACCAUUCGAGAUGCAGCUCCUGAAAGGUAUCAAGGAAGGCUAGUAUCGCCUCAGACUUUUCAACCCUUACGCAUCAAGCAAGGUGAAAAGCGAAAUCGAUGCCAUUCGAAAUCGGAUUUCCGACUUUGACAAGUAAUGUAUUAAUUUCUCAACCAAAAACUAACUAGCCAUGAAUAACAGAAGACUCCUGAUAACAGCUGAAUUUCAUUUUGUGCGUCCAGUGGAAAAAGACAGUUAAAAACAUCACAAGUGGACACAAAACUCUGUCAGCCUCAGCUGUCAAAGUAAUCAAGAUUCAAGAUGCUGCAUAAAUUUUUCUCAUGAGCUCCCCUGUCAAAUUUUGACCAAUCAGAGCAUAAAAAUUGCACGUAGAGCGUGACCAACGCGUGACCAUGGUGACGAAAGUCAAAAGCAACUGCCUUCCCUGCCUGUAAUAGCUGGCUGAAUUUUCGCGUCCGAGGUCAGUUUUAAAUCAAAAUUUUAAUUGUGCGGCACAAAAACAAAAUAUAUUUCAUACGAAUUAAAAACAAUAAAACUUGAGCCUGCGAUCAUUUGAAAACUAGUAACUUGUCAGCGGAUAACUUCAAAAAAGUACUCGACCUCGAUGGGUCAACACCUGAGCCCGCGAUACGGUCAAGUGAUACUGGUCAGCGGAUACCCUGUUUUGACAGCUGUCAAUUGAUCACAACAUUGAUGUCCAAUGGAUGUGUGCAUUAUCAGUUUUCCUGUGCUCUUAAAUUAGCUAGAAAGUAUGAGAUUGAAAAUUGAUUGCGAUCUAGUAAAACAACUGGUCAGCGGACAGCUUCCAAAUAAAUCACGUCACCUUGAUGAGUUGACACAUGAGCCCUCGAUAUGGCAAUGUGAUACUGGUCAGUGGCUAUCCUGUUUUGACAGCUGUCAAUUGACCAUGUUGUGAAUGGCCAAUAUAAAAGACAUGGGUUUGCCAAGACAUACCUGAGACACCCCUCCCUUCCUUUUGAUAUUCCCCCCUACCCUACCCAUACAAUCUGUAGACGCGUACGUACGUACGUACGUACGCUCGGUCAGUCACGUGACAACCAAACGAAAAGAUUGUCGUUAUUAUUUCUUCAUUCGUCCUCCUUUCUUUUCACAAUAUUAGCAUUCAUUUUCUGAUUGUGUCAUGUUAACCUUUGAGAGUUUUCAUUUAUAUGGUUACCCCUCUGCUUUACCUUUAACCCCAGUUAAUUGAUUUUUCUUCACUGAUAAACAUCGUUUUGUUUGAUGGAGAUAAUUAAUUCAUUAGUUUAUUAUAGGACCGCCUGAUGUUUCCGAAAUAAUAAACAAUGAAACAGAAAUCCCUGGGAUGAAACCCAUUGUAACAGUGCAGUGGACACGCCCAAACGACAUCUACUGCAACAUCACCAUGUAUUCAUUGCGCUACAAAGUAGUUCAACCAGCCACCGAGAAAAUAACGAAAAUAAUAAAUACCACCAACGCCAGUUUAACAAGUUUAAAGCUUGAAUUCCAACACAGCAAGAAGUAUGAAGUAAUUGUCUUUGCUUGGAAUAACUUGGGACGCAGUAAAGGAAGCACAGCAUGGGAAGUGAGAACAGCACAAUGUAAACACACUUUCUUUGGUUAAAUAAUUAAAUAAAUAUAGAGAGCCACAUUGUGUUGCUUCUUGGACUUGUGUGUUUGAGCCGCCAUGUUUUCAAAGAUCGACGAGCUUACCUGCUUCGAAAUUGAAAUAUUUAUUUUAGAAUACGUUAUUUUUCUGACAUGCAAUCAAACUCUUAUCCCACAUGGAUUUUUAACUUAUUAGAGUAUUUUGGAAAGAAUAUUAUUCGUUUGAAUAAAAGAUUGCGACGCCCAGUUCCUUACAAAACGAUUCACUUCAAAUUCAUAUCGGCCAAUAAUACUACAAAAAAAACCUUACCCUGUGUAAUAAAACACAUAGCAUGGGUCCAAGUAAGCAAGUAAGGCAUGAAUAUCUCAUGAGGAAAAAUUUCUUGCUAAGAGUGAAUCAUGAUGAUAACAGGAAAAAAGCUUUCUGAGGUUGGGGCACUGCCAAUUAAAGCACCAUAGCCUCAUUAAGACUUUUUAGAAGCCAAAAACAACGGUUGGUAAAACUGUUAGCAGGAAAUCUCAGUCGAAUUGGUUAAAGAUUUUAAUGCUUUCAGAAUUUCUCUCACCGUAUAAAUCUUUUUUAUUAUUUUUGUUUAUUUAUACUAAAACUGCUUUCACUUUUAAUAGAUGUUCCAUAUCCCGUUACGCUUUUGGAUUUAAAACGAGGCUGUAGCUCUAUAAACUUAACUUGGAGUCCACUAUCACGUGACGCCGAAGGAGGAAUGGUGACAGGGUACCUUGCACAGAUAAAAGCGGCCAGUUCCGAGGAACCAUGGACAACAAAAAACGUUUCUCGGUUAACUCAGUCAUGUCUAUUUACCCAUCUUAAGCCAAAUAGCGAGUACCAUGUAAGAGUAAUGGCGCAGAACAAAAUGGGAUAUGGUUGGCCUUCUGAGAUGUCAAAAGUAUCUACGAUUCAAGCA